GUGGAGUAUAUUUAUGGAAUUUCAAAUACGUCGAGGGUCUUGACAAAUAAAGCAAACAUUUGUGACAAAAUAUCACGUGUUAUGUGACAGCAUGUCCGUUUCCGAAAUUUAUCGUCCCGAAUUCAUCGACAUCCUCCCGACCGUGUGGUCGACACGGCAUAUUUACUCAGUUCUCCAUUUCGUACUAGGAAGGGAUAACCGGGACUGUUUUUUAUAGGCAACAGUCUUGGGGGGCGAUGGCACCGGCAAUUUUAGCUCGCGCAGGGACGUCGUGCUCCGCGUACCGGCCUCUUAUUAACCAUGGAAUCGCACUUAUGCAGUCACGGCACUAUGCGGACAUUCCCGACGUCCCACAAGCGAGAGGGACAGCGUCAUGGAAAUUGAAAGGACCCAAGGACAAGGGCAAGCUCUUUCGUCGGGACCACCGCCAGGGGAUAUUCCGGCCAAUGCCCGAAUCAAAACUUCAGCACGAGCUCUUUGAAACUGGAAGCCGACCAGUGCUUGACUAUCCUCCUUUUGGACCAGAGACGAUACGACAGGACAUGAUUGGCCAGGCUACCCUCUUUGUACCAACAGAAAACGACCCGGUACGGUAUUAUGGCUCGCCCAAACCCACACUUCUCGAGCACCGAAUAUUGUCGCGUCCUUGUUCAAUAAUACGACAAUCCACGGUUGACAUGGUGCGUAUCCUCCAUGGACACGCCCAGAAUGAAGGGAGCAAACGGCACAGAGUUGUCAUCACUGGUCGGGCCGGAACCGGGAAGAGUGUCCUUCUAAUUCAGUCCGUCCAAUAUUGUCAUGCGCAGGAUUGGAUAGUCAUAUACGUGCCUAGAGCUGUCAGCACCGUGAACUCAACGACUUUGCACACCUACGACCUUCGAACCCAAACAUAUGUCCAGCCCAAUUACGCACAUCAAACGCUCCGGCGUAUCCUCAUUGUGAACAGAGCUCGUCUGGAUUCCAUUCCGACUCAGAAAACUCACGCUUUUGAGAAAGUAAAGGUUGAAGCAGCUUCCCCGUUAACCACACUUAUCGAGGCCGGCCUUGCCGACAAGGCCAUCGCGCCUGCCAUUCUCGAUGAGCUCUUCUCCGAGCUAGGAGAGCAAAAACAACAUCCUGUCUUGUUGGCCGUCGACGACUUCCAGGCGCUCUAUUGCCGCACCGCGUAUCGCGAUCCUCAUUUCAUGCCGAUCCGCUCUUACCAUCUUUCGAUGCCUCGCCUUCUUAUGGAAUACGCGUCAGGCAGGCGAACAUUUGCUAGGGGAGCUGUUGUGGGAGCUAUAACCUCCACUGACACCCAGUAUCCUCUUUCAGAGGAUCUCCGUCUAGAGCUAGAUGUUUUUAAUGAUCGGGCUACGAGUCCUUACGACAAGCAAUCUCGUCCUCUUCGAAAAUAUGCUUCGGGUCUUCUCCCACUACAAGUCCCGGAUGGCCUCACGCCCACUGAAGCAGCAUCGCUGUUUGACAUCUGGAUGUCGGAGAAAGCCCUAGCGCCAGCUGCGACUGACGAGCUUUUCCUGGCAAAAUACACUGAAUCGGAUGGGAACCCCAGGGAUUUUGUCUGGAAGGGACUUCUCGGGACCUUGGAAGGCCCGCCGUUGGUUAUUGAUAAGCGCCGUCCGUUCGCCCAGAUGACUAUACCGUGAUCUAUCGAAGCAGAUUUAUACUGUUUUGUUUUUCAUAGGGAUGGCGCCAAUGCAAGCAGUUAUUCAACGGUAGACUGGUGGAAGAAAACU